AUGGAAUAUUUAUCUGAUAAAAUUCUUAUUUAUAUUUUGAAAAAAGUGUCUAAUAUCGAUGUACUUUAUUCUUUAUUUGGUGUUAAUAAACGAUUACAUAAAAUAGUAUGUGAUUCUAUUUUUACGAAUCAUUUGACUUUACUGAAAUUUUCAUUGAAUCAUUGUGUUUUACCAUUAUCUGAUCAAAUAAUUGAUCGAUUUUGUUUACAAAUCUUGCCUGAAAUUCAUAAUAAAAUCAAAUGGCUUGAUCUUGAAUCAUUUUCAAUGGAACGUAUUCUUUUUGCUGUAAAUUAUCCUAAUUUAUAUGGAUUUGGUUUACAUAACAUUCAAGAAGAAAACGCUAUAUAUCUUUUUAAUGAUGAAAGUCUUUUCACUCGUAUGUUCAAAAAUCAAGUUUCAUCAAUUGUUAUCAGUAUUAAUGCAAAUGGAUCACUAAGUUCAAGAGAAGAUGUAUAUGCACGUAUAUUUAUGGGUAUCAUUACUACGUUCAGUUAUCUACAAUUUUUAAAUUUUUGUCCAUCUUCAGCUUGGUAUCAAGAAUUAUCAUUUGGUAUUUCAUCUCCAAAUGUUUUCUCUUCAACUCUGUUAGAAUUACACGUUUGUCUCAGUCAUUUUACUGAUUGUCUUUAUUUACUUGAUGGACGUUUCAAUGAACUUCGUAUACUUCAUGUUGUUAUUAAUUUCAUUUCUUCUUCAAAUUUAACAAUUGAUAAUCAAAAAAAACUUCCUAAUUUAAGAUCCUUUUCAUUGUACUGUAAUAGAGAUACAUAUGUUUAUGAUGAAUUAAUUGUACCACUUCUGUAUCGAAUGUCUGAUUUAGAAAAACUUGAUUUGUCUCUUAUAAUUUCGGGCAAAGAAACAUUUGUUGAUGGUAAUGAUUUGAAGACAAAUAUUAUUAAUAAAAUGCUAUUCUUGAACAAAUUUACAUUUAAUAUUCGUUCAUUCAGUCAUUUUUAUAAUCAAAUUAAUAUACCGUCAAAUGAAGAUAUUCAACAUACAUUCAAUGAUUAUAAAGAUAAUCAAAUUAUUUCUUGUGUUGAUUAUUUUCCAAACAGAAAUUCUAGUCAAUGUCAUAUUUAUUCAUAUCCAUAUAAAUUAAAACAUUAUGAUAAUAUAACAAAUAAUUUUUCAGGUGGAAUAUUUAAAUGUGUUCGUGAAGUAUUAUUAUUUGAUGAACGUCCUUUUGAACAUGAAUUUUUUCUUCGUAUUGCUGAAUCAUUUCCAUUGAUGGAGAAAUUGACUUUAAUUAAUAUGAAACCACAAAUUAACAAAUUUUAUCAACAAUCAAUAAAUGACGAUCAACAUUUGUCAAUUGUGAUUAAAUAUUCUCAUCUUAUGAACCUUAAUCUUACAAAAAUUGACGAAGAUUAUCUUGAACAAUUUUUACUCGAUACUAAAAUGUCUUUACCAAAUGGGAUUUUUCUUCAGACAGAUUAUCAAUUACUAAACGACGUCACACACAACUUUACAAGAAAUGAAACACGAAACAAUUGUGCAAAACUGAAAAAUAUCUUUUUCAUUAACAAAUCAGAAUUUCCUGAACAUUUAAAAGAUUAUUUUCCUUGCGCUAAAAUACUUUGA